UCCUUCCAUUCAUUACUCACAUAACUUGUCUCUCUCCUUGUUGUUUCUUUUCCCUUGACCGUGCAACAAUGGCGAGAGGCUCUUCCCAAUCCCAACAAUCAACCUCCACCGCCUCCUCAACCGCCCGGCCCGGUCUGUCCGCUCCUCGUGGAUCUGCCGCCGCUACUGCCGGCAUGCGUCGCCGCAGGCUCGGUGGCGGUGGUAGCGUGUCCUCAGGCGGAGGAUCCGCAGCUGGAUCAGGAUCGGGCAACAUGCUAAGAUUCUACACAGAUGAAGCUCCGGGGUUGAAGAUCUCACCGACAGUUGUUCUGAUCAUGAGCCUCUGUUUCAUCGGCUUCGUCACCGCUCUUCACGUCUUUGGAAAACUCUACCUCCACAAAUCCGGAUCCGGAUCUUGAUCUGGAUAUUUGACUCGCUGGUCGCUGGGUUUCUUUUUAUCGUUUCGAUGAGAUCCGUGUAAAUCGCUAAACGUUGAAUAAAAAACAUGUUUACUUUUGGAAACAGACAUGUUUGAUCUUGCAAA